GACCACGUGGGGCAUGGGACCAGGGUCGCUGAGAAGAACCAGGUCCUGGACGACAGAUACAGCAAGAAGGAGCCACCUCCCAGCCCCCAGCCAUUCCAGAGCUCCACACUGAGCAGGUCGGGCUACUCAAGCUCCUCCUUCAUCCCUCCACCCACUGCCCCCGUUGCUCCGACGGCCCACAUGGCCCCCCACCCCACCCCCAUCGCCCCGGUGGCCCCCGUGGCCCCGCCCAGCAUCACCCCCGUCCCUCCUCCGGCCCCGCCUACCAUGGGGGGAUUUCCAGGAAUGCAGUCGUCUGCCCCACCCCCUCCAAUGGCCCCCUCGUCAGGGAUGCCACCUCCUCCUAUACCUCCUGGACCACCUCCUUCAUACGGUACAGCGAUGGGUCAGCCUCCACCACCUCCACCAACCCCUCCCUCCUCCUAUCCUGCUCCUGAACCUCCCGGUGAGCCAGCACACACACACACACCAUGCAUGCAGGCUACGUAAAACACUGAAUUACAUUGCCUCUACAGCAACCAAUAGUGUGCACAUAUAUAUAGCAAAACUCAAUUCAUGGACUUGUGAUUCCUCCAUUCAUGGUGUUUGAUAGUUUGAUGGUCAUGGUCUUGUCCCUGUAUGCACUAGAGUCUUCUUGUGAACACAGUGAACUGGUUUUGAAGUGUCUCCAUGCCAUGUUUGGAUUUUGUGAUUGUUGUUGUUACACUUGUUCCCUCCAUCUGCCACUACUGAUGCAUACACAGCAGUACAACUUUUACUCUGAGUUUGUGUCUGGUUACGUGUAUAUACAGGGCCUCCACCACCUCCCCUAAUGCCGAAGGCCCCACCAAUUCCUCCUCCUCCUAUUCCCUUCUCCAUGGCAGGAGGGUCACCCCUGCUUCCUCCACCUCCUCCUCCCCCCUCCAUGAGCAACGC